AUGGGGAACAGCCACUGCGUCCCUCAGGCCCCUAGGAGGCUCCGGGCGUCCUUCUCCAGAAAGCCUUCGCUGAAGGGAAAUAGAGAGGAUGGCGCAAGGAAGCUGGCUGGCCUGUUUGGCUCCGAGGCCGGUCCUGACCUGGACGCCACUGCUGACAAGAUCUUCUACUACAUCCCUGGGACGGACAUCCGGGGCCUGGAGAGCCAGCGAGAAAACCUAGAGCAGCCGUUCCUGAGUGUGUUCAAGAAGGGGCGGCGGAGGGUGCCCGUGAGGAAUCUGGGCAAGGUUGUACACUAUGCCAAGGUCCAGCUACGAUUCCAGCAUAGCCAGGACAUCAGCAACUGCUAUCUGGAGCUGUUCCCCUCCCACCUCUACUUCCAGGCCCAUGGUUCCAAAGGACUCACCUUCCAGGGGCUGUUACCACUGAUGGAGCUGAGUGUCUGCCCACUUGAGGGGUCCAGAGAGCAUGCCUUCCAGAUCACAGGCCCGCUGCCUGCUCCCCUUCAUGUGCUCUGCCCCAGCCAGGCUGAGCUGGGCCUCUGGCUGUACCACCUGGAAAAGCAGAUAGCCCUCGUGGGAGGGCUGCAGCACUGCCACUCAGCGCCCCCGCAGCGCAGGCUGACCCGGCUACGGAAGGCAUCAGGGCAUCAAAUGGUGGGCAGCGCCGUCUGUGCCUCGAGGGUCAAGCUGCAGCAUCUGCCCUCACAGGAGCAGUGGGACCGGCUCCUGGUCCUGUACCCAACAUCCCUGGCUAUCUUCUCCGAAGGAGCGGAGGGGCUUUGCUUUAAGGGGGAGCUCCCACUCAGUGCUAUCCGCAUCAACCUGGAGGAGAAGGAGAAGCAGAUCCGUUCUUUCCUGAUCGAAGGCCGCCUCAUCAACACUAUCCGCGUGCUGUGUGCCACCUAUGAGGACUACAGCCACUGGCUACUGUGUCUGCAGACUAUCUCGCCCGGGGACGGAGCUGCCCCUCUGGCUGGCCCUGAGAGCUUCGCGGGGCCGCGCGUCAUGGGCGGUCGCCGAGGCUCACUCUCCUCAGAUGGACAAACCAGCCGGGACUCGGGGUGCCCAGCACCCCCCUCCACCCACACCAGCCCCUCUGUCCCUGAGUCCUCGGUGCCAUCCACCACCCGCUGCCCUGUCCGGGCUGUAUCUGACCAGGCCAACCCCGGCUGCACCAGCGUCAGCAGGCAGAGGGCAGAACUGAGAUGGAGCAGCAUCAGCCGGUCACCCAGGAGUAAGGCCCAGGGUGAGGGGCCCAGCCUGGCCACCCCGUUGUACUUGGACCUGACCAAGCUGAGCAGGCAGACACUAGAGGACGAGCCUGAGGCCCCAGACCACCCUCCGGAGACCCCACACUCCCCACUCUAUGCUGAUCCCUACACACCACCUGCUAUCUCCUACCACAAGAUCACAGACGUCCAGGACCUGGAUGAGUUCCUCAGCGCAAUGCAGGGCUCACUUGGACCUGAAUCCUCGAGCCCAUUCCCCUCGGUGCCUGUGUCUGUGCCUGCCGCUGACCCCAGCUCUGGACUCUCCAGUCCCCACUUGCUCUCCAAGAAGGGAGCCCUGCAGCCCAGAGCCUCUCAGCGGCACCGAGGCUCCAUCAAGGGCCGGGGGCCACCACCCCCAGACUCCCCUCCGCAUGUGAGUAGCAGCCCCCACCCCUGCCAGGUCUCCCCAGCGAGGAAAGUCUCAACCGACCCCCUGCCACCUCCCUCAGGUGGCCAUCCCCCCAAGAGUUCUGGCAACAUCUGGGACAAAGCUUCAUCUCCCUCCCACAAGCGGUGGCCCCGAGGAGGACCUGAGGCUGGGGGGGGGCUCAUCCAGUGGAUCUGA